AUGGUGAUACCUAGUCCGUUUGUGUAUUGGGCACAAUCAUCUAACAGCGUUUCGUUGAAAAUUGAUCUGCGUAACGCUGAAACACCAAACAUAGAGGUUUUAGAAAAUAAAAUAAAGUUUUCGGCGCAGGGUGUCGGUGCCCACGGAAUUUGCAAAUAUGAAUUUAGUUUGGAUUUAUUUGCUCCCAUUAGAUCGAGUAAGGAAGGUGAUCAAUGUAUAAACGUCAAAGUAUAUGAGAACCGAAUUGAUGUAGUAUUAGACAAAGAUGAGAGUGUAUGGUGGCCUCGGCUCACAGCUCAGCCACAGAAACCAGCCUGGCUUAAGAUUAACUUUGACCAAUGGAAGUCGGAAGAUGAUGGUGGCAGUGAGGAGGAAACACGAGAUGUGAUGAAAGACUAUCCAGGAAUGUUUGAUAAACUACAUAAGGAGGAACUCGGUUAUAGGAAAGAAGACUACAAAAAGGUGUAUCUUAUAAUAUACAACCUCUUCCAAUUCAUUGGUUUUACAUAUGUGAUGAGUGUGAUGAUCGUGCGUUAUGUAAAGCUGGACUAUGCAUCGGUACCAGGGACCUAUGAGCAUGUAGGAGGUGCCAUGAAGUUUUUGCAGCUAAUGAUGUUUCUUGAAGUGAUGCACCCACUCUUUGGAUACACAAAGGGGAGUCCCUUAGUCGCAUUCUUACAAGUGGGAGGUCGAGCAUUUGUGUUAUUCGCAAUGAUCGAAGCAGAACCGCGAAUGCAAACUAAGCCAGUCGUCUUUUAUCUAUUUGCUAUGUGGAGCCUCAUUGAAGUAGUCAGAUAUCCCUUCUACAUAGCACAACUCUACAAAAAAGACAUCUACAUUCUAACUUGGCUUCGCUACACAAUGUGGAUACCCCUAUACCCCAUAGGAAUACUCUGUGAAGCUAUAGUGAUCCUCCGUAAUAUCCCAUACUUUGAAGAAACUGAAAAAUUCACUGUCUCUUUACCAAACGAAUGGAACUUUGCAUUCCAUAUGCCGACCUUCCUACGGGUUUACUUGCUGAUUCUGACCUUUCCAGGCAUGUUCUUUGUUAUGAAACACAUGCACAAACUCAGAACGGUAAAACUAAAACCUAAAAUUAUUAUCAAGAAAUGCAAGUAG